AUGGAAUAUUCUAGAGACUCGGCAGGGAUGAUGAUGGAGAAUAAGCGUAGUGUCUGCUCUCUUGAAGAAAACAGCAUUAAACGACACAAGCCUGAUCUCUCUUUCUCUUCAAAGGAGAGGAAGGACAAGGUUGGAGAACGUAUUUCAGCUCUUCAGCAGCUAGUUUCUCCUUACGGAAAGACAGACACUGCAUCAGUUCUUCUAGAGACGAUGCAGUACAUACAGUUUCUUCAAGAACAAGUCAAGGUUCUAAGCGCUCCAUAUCUGCAAACAACACCCACCGCUACGCAGGAGGAGAUGGAAGAGUGCAGCUUAAGAAGCAGAGGGUUAUGUCUUGUCCCAAUGGAGUGUACAUUAGGGGUUGCUCAAACCAAUGGUGCUGAUAUCUGGGCUCCUCUCAAUACUCCGACAUCUCCUGCUUUCACUCUCAAGUCUAAUUCACCCUUUCGAUGA